UGACUGCCCCUUGCUGCUCGUGUCCUCCCCAGGCAUGUGCAACCCGGGCGUGAGUCUUCUUCUCCCCGGAACCUCCUCCAGGUGGCAUGGCACCGGCCGGAGGUAUCUUGGCGGGGUAGAAAAGUCGAAGCAUCUUUUAAGGGGGGAGGUUGUCGUUCCAUUGACCAAUCGCCAUGCGCGCAGAGAACACCGGUCUAGCUCGCUUUCUCAGUCUCUGUCCGCGGCUGAUUCAUGUCAUCCCUCAGGAUUCCGGGAAAGCAUACAGGUGUACGUUCGCCGACGGUCCGAACAUUCGCCUUCGCCCCCUCUUUCGCCGUCCUGCAGCUUGGUAGAGUGGAUGGGGAAUUCGAAUGUCCAUGGCACCGUAUGGGUGACAUGCCCGCAGGUUCCUGCUAUGUGGAAACCCAGACCAACUUCAUCACACGCCCGUCCCCCGGGCUGGGCCGCUCCAGCGCGGAAAUUGCCAAUGUUGCACCAUUUCUACGCGAUUUCCACCUCAUUCCAUGCCCAGAAGUGACCGCGUUCCGACCCCAGAGACCAAGGGGGCAGGAGAGCACGGAGCACGGAGCACGGAGCACACACCCACCCACACACAUACUCCAUCCAUCCAUCCAUCCACCACCAUUCCGACUCGGCCGUGACCGUCCACCCACCGGACUUGGGCUACGUGGUUUCUUGUCCAUGUUUUUUUCUAUAUCGUUGCAACGACAUCACAUGGACAGCACCUCAAACUUUAAUCUCCCCUAACGCACACACACACACACACACACACACACACACACACACACACAGUAUACAAUGAGAAACUAAUGUAAACUGUCUGGUCU